AUCACAAAUUUCAAAAUUAAACAAAAAAAUAAAUAUAAAACUAGUUUGAAAUAAAUAUGACAGUGAAUAAUAAUAAACUAAAUAAGAAAACUACAAUAAUUUAAAUGGAAAUAAUAUUAUUAAUGCGUCAAAUUAAAACUAAUAAACAAAAAUAAUUCCAAAAAAUAUAUUUAAAGGUUUCAGUGCAGUUUUAAUUUAAGAAAAUGUAUAAAUUAAAAAUAUUUCAAACAGACAAUUUCAAUUAAAUAAUAAUUAAAAAAAAACAAAAAUCAUAAAAUAAAUAAAUACAAAAUUAAACAUAAACUUCAUCAAGUGUUUAUCGACAGCUGUAAAUAAAGACAAAACAUUCGUGAGAAAUUCGUUAAAAAUGGAUUUCAAAUAAAAUUUUGAAAAAAUCUAUAAAACGGGUACGUGCAACGCUUCGUCAACGAAUCUUCCCUUCCCUUCAAUUAACUACGGCGACCAAAACAACAUGAGUGAAAAAAUGGAUGCCAUAAAACCAUCACCGCGUCGUGAAAAGCCUCACACCCUAGAAGGUAUACAAGCUACAAAAUCUCUUAAUGAUUCCUGUGGCUCAGAUUCAUCGCUCAAUCGUGGUUCGGAAAAACGUUUAGCGCGAAAUCGUUCUCGCGGCUCAGAGACACGGUCGCAUCGUGAUCACUCAUCAGAUGGCGUGAUGACAACCUCAACGACAGAUUUGCAAGCAGAUGUGGAGUUGUGUAACGAAUUCGAUGAUAAUGAUGAUGUCCAACGUAGAGAAAGUUUUAAUUUUAACGACGACAACAGUCCAACUGGUCAAAAUUCAUUUACGAAAUCAUUAUUGGGCAGAUCAUUGCGUUUGCCCAGUAUGGUGGGUGGUACAACAACGAGAAAAUGUGUUUUAACUUUAGAUGGUUAUUCGUAUGUUAUAGUUGCUAGCACACCAGAAAAUCUACCUAAAAGAGACGAUUUAUCUUGUUCGGGUGGCAACAAUCUGGGCACGGGUUGUCAUACACAACAAACGGGCAGCAGUGGCGUUGGUGGUGCAACCAUUACCCAACAUCAACAACAACAAUAUUCAACGAGUGAUAAAGCAGCAUUUACAAAUACACAAUCAGCACUAGCUGCAGGUGGUAGAGGAGGUGGAACUGGUGCAGGAACGGCAUCGACGUCGUCAGCAGCAACAGCAGGAGGUGGUGUUAGUGAUAGUAAGCAGGAUUUUUCAAAGAUUACAAGUCCCUCCGGUGCUGAUAAUACCCCAGAGUGUAUCAGCAGCAACAUCUCAAUUACAAGUAAUAGCUCUGUGUCUACUAUAAAUGGUCAAGUUGCAAGACACGGGGCUCUUACCAUUGUACGCCGUUCCAACAGUCGUAAAAGUUUCAGUCAAUACGACUCCCAGCAUUUAUUUUCAUCGGCAACAACACCCACACCUUCAUCCACAACACAUCAAAGUUUAUUAGGUGACAGCUCUCACGACAGUCGUCUUAUCGAUUCCACUCAUCAUCACACAACCUCAACUUUACCACCAUCAUCAAACGCACCACAGGCCGCAUCGACCAUCUCCAGUACGACCAAAAUUUGUAGCAACAACAACAGCGGCACUAACACCACUACAGCUCAAAAUAUAAUAAAAAUGUUACCAACUUCACCGAAUUCGGGCAAUACUGCUAUUGCACCGGGCGACGAUAUGGAAAAUACAAGGGAAGAUUCAGCGUCUAGCGCCGCGUCGGGUUUAACUAUAGCCUCGUCUACGGUCGAUUUGGCUACGGAUAAUUUACCAGCUGUCGAUACACCAGAUGCCUGUGAUAAAGCAGCGUUAAGACUCCGGAGUCUUUUGCGCAUGCUCAAUGCAGGCGAAAUACAAGCCGAUGUAUUGCAAAAAAAUUUGCAUUACGCCGCACGAGUCCUUGAGGCCGUAUUCCUCGAUGAAUCCAAAAGUCCCACGUCAGGUAAAUCAAAGUUGAGGCAAAAUUCGUGCUCAUCUGUCGAAUGCGAAUCCAAGGAUGAACGUUGUAAUGGUGAUUGUAAAAAUGUUGAAUGUAAUCAGCAUGAACAUACAACACACUCAUCAUUGGAUCCUGACGCCGCUGCCUCAAAUGAGAACAACAAUAUCAAUACCACAUGCUCUAUGUUGGGCAAUGCUGCGGAGGGAAGUGAGCACUCUGGUGAAGAGUCUAACUUUCAAACACAAAAUGUGUCCAACAAUCAAACCAGCAUAGACAGUCGCACCAAGGGCGUGUGUUCAGCACCUCAGACACAUAGUGGUCCCACGGGACCACCGGUGGAUAAGGAUAAUCCUUCUGCAGAACACACACAAGAUGGGGAUGAUACGCACAAACAAACUAUUACCAUCACCUGCUCAAGCUCUAGACAAGAAACCUCGGAUAAUGUUAGCAACAGUUCAGUUAGCAGUAGCAGUUGUAGUAAUAAAGCAACCAUACAGAGGCAAAAACGUCUAAGAACUCCGGUCUGGGCCAGAUCCAUGUCGACAAAUAAAACACGUCUUGCCGAUGAAGAUGAUGAACUUUCUGAAGUGCAACCGGAUGCUGUACCGCCAGAGGUUCGUGAGUGGCUGGCUUCCACAUUUACACGACAAUUGGCAACAACACGCAAGAAAAACGAUGAAAAGCCCAAAUUUCGUUCGGUGGCACAUGCCAUACGUGCUGGUAUAUUUGUGGAUCGUAUUUAUCGCAAAGUAUCCAGCACGGCAUUAUUACAAUUUCCAGCUGAAGUUGUCAAAGUACUUAAGACUUUGGACGAUUGGUGUUUUGAUGUAUUCGCUUUAGCUGAAGCCGCCAAUGGCCAACCUGUUAAAUAUAUCGGCUAUGAUUUGCUCAAUCGAUAUGGUAUUAUACAUAAAUUUAAAAUUGCACCCGCUACCUUGGAAACCUUUCUGAAUCGCAUCGAGGAGGGCUACUGUCGCUAUCGUAAUCCAUAUCACAAUAAUCUACAUGCGGCGGAUGUCACUCAAACUGUGCAUCAUAUGCUGUGCCAAACUGGACUCAUGAACUGGUUAACGGAUCUGGAGAUUUACGCCACUCUAUUGGCGGCUCUUAUACAUGAUUACGAGCAUACUGGCACGACCAAUAAUUUCCAUGUGAUGUCGGGCUCCGAGACGGCUUUGUUGUAUAAUGAUCGUGCUGUUUUGGAGAAUCAUCACAUUAGUGCCGCCUUUCGUUUGCUCAAAGAUGACGACUGCAAUGUUCUGUCGAAUCUGUCGCGCGAAGAGUAUCGUGAACUGAGAACCUUGAUUAUUGAUAUGGUUUUGUCAACAGACAUGUCUUUCCAUUUCCAGCAGCUAAAGAAUAUGAAAAAUUUACUGACGCUCAACGAAGCUACGGUGGACAAGUCGAAAGCUUUGGCUUUGGUCUUACAUUGUUGUGAUAUUUCACAUCCUGCCAAACGAUGGAAUCUACAUCAUCGCUGGACGAUGUUGUUGCUAGAGGAAUUUUUCCGUCAAGGUGAUCUCGAACGAGAGCUGGGUCUGCCCUUUAGUCCUCUGUGUGAUCGCAAUAAUACCCUGGUGGCCGAGUCUCAGAUUGGUUUCAUCGAUUUCAUUGUGGAUCCCAGUAUGUCCGUAAUGGCCGAUAUGUUGGAACAUGUUUUGGCUCCAAUAGCGCCGAUGUGUAAAAAUGUUAAUGCCAGCAUUGAUGCUGGUGAUGUUCCUGUCGAUGGACCAACCUCUAAUGCUAAGCAUUCGUUGCGCAAUCGCUCAACAACCUGUGAGGCCAUAGAAGAAAGUAAUGAAAACAAAACGUCGGAUGAUAAACCGACGAUUCAGAGUUCCGGAGUGGCAGCGGGUAGCAGUAGUACAGCGGCAUCGGCAUUUAAACAAAAGUUUACCAUACGAAAACCAUGGAUUACAUGCCUAACGGAUAAUAAGAAAAUUUGGAAGGAACAAGCAAUAAAAGACGCCGAAGCUAGAGCAAUUGCAGCAGCAUUAGAAGAACAAGACAAACCAGCAAUUGAGAAUUAAUUUGUUCUCUCUCUUCCCACCCUACACUCAAGCAGUCUCUCUUCGAGCAAAACGUCCUUUGGAAGAAUGUGAAUUUAAGCAAAAAAAAAACUAACACAUUUUGAAGAAAAAGCUCAAAUAAUGAAAUUAAAUAUAAGAAUUUUAUGAAGAAAAAAUAAAAAAAAAACAAAAUAUACCAGGAGUCUUAAAUAAUCUCUUAGAAAAGCCAUAAACAAAAUGAACAAACAUUUAUUAUUAAUAAUUAAUUAAUUAAAUACUUAAUUUAAUUUUAGAAUUUCUUUAAGAACUUAUUGUAACAAUAUAAAUAUUAAACAAAAACAACAAACAAUUUAAGAAAAUAAUUUUAAAAAAACCAACAAAAACACCACAUGAAUACGCUUGAUAAAUAUUUUAUUUAUAAAUUUUGUUAUUUCCACUUUUUUUUUUUUGUAUUUUAGUUUUUGUAAAUAACUUUAAUAUUGAAAACACUAAAGCAGUGUAACAACUGCAACAUAAUUGUAUAAAAUUAAUUACUAAAUAAUUAAUAAUUAAAAAUUAAAUAUUUAUGCUAGAGAAUGUAUUGUAAUUGUAAUUGUAUGUAUGUAUCUAUGAGUUUAUGUAAGUACGUUACAAACAAACAAACAAGCUAACAAAAUGCGAGUUUGUUUUAAUUAUUGUUUUAUAGAAAAAUAAACACAAUGUUUAUUAUUAUAUUAAAUACAAUUAUCAUUAUUAUAAUUAAUACUGUUAGUCUUAAUUUAAAUAUUUUUUUAUGAUUGCAUCUCCUUUUUGUUUUUUUUUAAUAUUUCUUUAAAACAAUGCACAAUGGUUGUUGUCAAUCGUAAUAUGAUUACAAAAUAAAAUUUUAAUUUUGUUAAGAA